AAAAAAAAAUCACUGUUUUUAUUUUUUCCAGAUGAUUUAUUUUUGCCAACAUUUUGAAAUGUGUUUUUUUAAUUCAAUCUUCAAUACCAAUAUUCAAUAUCUUGUAAAACAGUCACAUUGCCUUUUUUUUUAAUUGUGACAACCAUUUCCACUAUGAAACAGAAAGGACUGUACAUGGUGUGGUAUGAAUAGACUGGGUGUACCCUCCCCAUGCACAGGAUUGGUGAGGGGGUACAUGUAAGGGAUGAGCUCACAAUAUGGGGUGAUGUUAUACAGAGUCAGCCUGCUCUAUACAGGACUCUGCCCCUUUCCUCCAUUUCCCUCCCUGCAGUUUCUGACAUUAAUGGGCUGGAUUUAACUCCACCCAAGUGUUCGGCAAGGCGGCCUCCAGGCCAUGUGUGUGAGCUGUGGGCUCAGGCCUUUCUAGAGAGCUCUGGUGACAGCUUGCUGCUGCUUCCCUCCCCGGCUAGUGACUUCUCUUCCUGGUCGCCAUGGCGAGCCCCUGCAUCGUGGUGAGUGCGACCUGCUAACGGGCGACCUCCCCCCGGUCUGGCAUGAGAGGAGGCGCCUGGUGGCAAUGGGGGAGCGGGAGCAUGGGGCAAAGUGCCGGGGGGAGGAGGGGGGUGAUGGAUAGGAGAAGUGCGGCAAGGCCCAGCUCUUCAUCUUAGUACAUAGGGUGUGAAUGGGCUCCAUGGCAACCACAAGCUCUGUAUAGACACCAUGCUGCUCCAUGUACUGCUACCUGGCAGCAUGGGCACAUGGGCUGGGUGGAGGGUAUAGGAUGGGGAAUACAUGGCUCCCACCUUUACCUUGUAUUUAUGGGAGUAUACACCUUUUUAUGCUAUUGGGCAGGACAUGAAAAGUGCUGCCCUUCUGUAUGUAGAAUUCUUGUACACAAGCAGGCAAAGUGCUUCCAUACAGUAUGUAGAAUUCAUGUACACAAGCAGGCAAAGUGCUUCCCUACAGUAUGUAGAAUUCAUGUACACAAGGAAGGGAAUCUAUAAGUAGCUCCCGUGUCUCUCUCUUUGACAGUUUUUUUUAUUAUUAUUAUUAUUAUUUAUAAAGCGCCAACAAAUUCUGCAGCGCUGUACAAUGGGUGCACUAAAAGACAAUUAUUUGUAACCAGGCCAGCUGGACGCACAGGAACAUAGGGGGUUAAGGGCCGUGCUCAGAUAAGCUUACAUGCUAGAGCUAGGGUGCCCAAAAGGUAGAUGCUUUAGAACUACAACUCCUUUGAUGCUUUGCAUGCUUUUAGAAUAACAAAGCAUCAUGGAAGCUGUAGUUUUAAAACAUUCGGAGAUCAACCUUUUGGGCACCCCUUGUGUUAAAGGGAGUAUAUCAAUGCUGCAUUACUGCAGGGCAGCACUGUAACUGUCUUUAUUUAUUUAUUUUUACAUGAAGUGGAGUGUUGGAGGGAGUUUAGAUUUUAUAGGGGGAGAAAUAAUAAAUGGCAAAUAUGUGCAUAAAAUGGAUGAUGGUGUGCAGGAUACACAGGGGUGUGAUUUGUUGGAGGGGUACGAGAUUUAGUGGGUGUGAUGACUAAACCAAGCCUGCAGUUGAGCUUUUUGGUGCAUCCUUGGAGAUCAGGGGUAAUCCAAAAUGCAAAUUAAAUGCUUGUAUUUAUAUCUGUGUGAUGGUUCGGGUGUAGAAUGAUUGAACAGGUAAAUGGCAUCCAUUCUUAGAGUUCCAAUAAAUAGGUCAAGAAAGGAGCACUCACUGGAAUUUAAGUGAAAAAGAUAAACACCCACGAGGGUCGACACGUUGAUUCUUUUGUUUAAUCUGUGCAUGCACCCUUUUCAACCUAAAAUCCAGUGAGUGCUCCUUUCUUGACCUCUUAUAUUGUUGCACUAUGAGGGGCCCAGGUUAGUUCAGUUAAUGUAUUUUUUGCAUUUAUGGAGAAUGCCAGAUUUGGGACUCUGUAUCUCAAAAAUAUUUGUUUUCCUGUGAUAUAGUUUUGGAUAUGUUGUUGUGCAUUGGUAAAAAAUACUUUGCAAUACUUAAAUUGGAGCGCAGCUAGGAUUUGAUUUUCCAUAUAUAGAUGCGUAUGGAAACUCUGCAUUGUCCAACCAGAAACGGUUAAAGAAUAGAAUAUCUUAGUUUGUGGAAUGUACUGUGGCAACCAUGGUGCUGUGUGCGAAACGUGGAAACUGGAAACCUGACUAAUCCCCCUCACGUGCUCUCGCCAUGUGUACAUUAUAUUACAUCUAUCAUUGAAAAAAUAGUUAUUUUCAACCGUAUCUAUUAAGUGUUUGUAAAAGAAAUCAUUUCAAAAGUUUAAAAAAUAAUGCAAGUUGUGUUUGUGUAUAUAUAUAUUUUUUUUCUGGAUAUCAUUUAUUUGCUAUAAAUCUCUUUUGUCCCAAUAAGAGACCAUCCAAAUCAGUAAUAUGGAUGGGAUCAUACUGUAAUGUUAAUAUAGGCAUUUGUGCAUUUAUUAUUAUAAACCACCAUCUGCCUGACCUAUUGAUCUAACACUGUAUCUAUAGCCAGCAUUUACCUGUAAAUUGUAUCCUAUCACACAUCUAGCAAGUAUACCAUUAGGAUCAGGGUAGAGACCAGCAUGUCCGUUUACUUUGAUGUUAAUUCGCUAACUUUUAUAGAAAACCUAAAAAACUUGGUGAAAAUUCUAACACACAUUGCCAUGAGCAGAUGUAAAAUAUUGUUUUUCCCCAUUCUGCUUGAUUGCUGGCAUGUUUUCAGAUGGACAGUCAUUGACUGUUUUUUAGUUCAGGUAUUGAAAUCAAGGUCACCUCUUUCACAGAACAUGUGUCUGUGACCUUGGGCCUCCGCUAAGUUAUGUUUUAAAUCAUGGCUGUUUAAAUAUUUGCAGUGGUUCUUCCUCUUUGUUUUUUGUUCACUUUUGAGUUUUCGCAGCAUACAAGCAGAUAUGACUAGUUCUUGCUCAGGGGAAGAAUGAGUCGGCCUGAGUGAAACGUGCUGAAAUUUUUUACAAUGUGCUCAGGCAGUAGCCAUAAUUCCUCCUGUAUUUUACUCUUGCUAUAUACAAGUUCUGUUCAGAAAUAACACAUGCAGCUUCUGGUCCCAGAAUGCAUGACAUUAUCCUGCACUGGGAAAUACCUUUAAUUAUCCCAGUUAUGAACAUCUAACCAAGUUUAUAGUUUUACUCUAUUUAGAAGACCUUAUACUUGCUAUUUCCUAGUUGUAUUUCCUUCCUGUAUUUAUUCGAUGAUGAGUAGACAUGGUAAUGAUGUCUAGGAUGUAUAUACCUAAUAAGGCCUACUUUAUAGAUUUAGUUUUAAUGGAAUUAUGCUUUAGAUUAAUCAACAGAAUUACUAGAUAUUUCUUUUUCUUCCUAAUUGGACAAGCAGAUAAAAUAAUGUAACAUUGCGGUAAUUAGUCUACAUGGAAAAUGUCAUACAAUGUUACAAGUUAACCUGAGUUUGAUACACAGAUUUGGUUUGUCCUUUUAUGUCUGCCACACUCCGCAUUCUUUUGUUGUCAUAGGCACAGCCAAUUUACCCUGGUUUCACAAAAAGCAUAGGUGCGCUCAAUUGAAACAUUAGAUUCCCUUUCAUAAACUGCACCAGAGAUAUGCUACAGAGACACUGUUCUUGGCAAUGCCAAUUCACUAGCACAAACACAUGGUCAAUUCCUGAUCAUUCACUGAUGCACUUUAAUCCUUUCCCCUCGACUGUCCCACAGGGUGGGACAUUUUAAUUUUCUCAUUCCGAUCGUAUGGCCCACCUGGUGGGACAUAUGAGUAGCAUACAAGUUUGACGAUCGUACGGCUCACCCAGAGGGACAUAACGUUAUCGGAUAAAGGCGACUUGAAAAGAAAACACACCCACGAAGUGAUUUCUAUAAAAAUAUUUGUCAAAUUUGGUGAACGACACUGAAAUUUUAUCCGAGUGGAAAGGGUUAAAUAUGCAGACGCCACGCUUCAUGUCUAUCAGACAUCGUCAAUUCACUGUCUUUACACAUCAACACAAGCGUGUUUUUUAGAAAGAAAAAUGUUGGGUGCAAAAAGCCAAUCUGGGUAAAAUCUUCAACUUUUACUGCUAGGCUAUAUUGUUAAAGGACCACUAUAGGCACCCAGACCACUUCAGCUCAAUAAAGUUGUCUGGGUGCCAGGUCCAUCUAGGGUUAACCCUGCCUGCUGUAAACAUAGCAGUUUCAUAGAAACUGCUAUGUUUACAUAUGGAUUAAUCCAGCCUCUAGUGGCUCUCUCAUUGACAGCCGCUAGAGGCGCUUCCGCGCUUCUGACUGAGAUUUUCACAGUGAGAAGACGCCAGCAUCCAUAGGAAAGCAUUGAAAAUGCUUUCCUGUGGACUGACUGAAUGCGCGGCUCUUGCUGCGCAUGUGCAUUCAGCCGAUGACGUCGGAAGGAGGAGGAGAGUCCCCAGCGCCGAGGGAGCCUGGCACUGGAGAAAGGUAAGCAUUUAACCCCUUCCUCCCACUUCAGCCCAGCGGGAGGGGGGGGCAUGAGGGUAUAAUAAUACUAUAGUGCCAGGAAUUAUAAAAUAUAAAAAAACCUCAGAAUUACCUUCCACUUCUCAAAAUGUAUUUGUUUUGCUAUAACUUAGUCCUUACCCAGUGUGUGACCAGCCAGUGCACAUGAUGCAUAUGACUUAUCUUUGUUACUGAAGCAACAUACUCCUAUGUCCGUUAAAAGGAAAUGAUAGGAUAACAAUUUCCUCUUAUUUUUAUUGCAUUAUAAAAACAAUCCAUACUUCCAACACAAAGUAAACAGAUUUUUAAAGGAGGAAAAAUCUAAAUCUAAAGAUGUUCUAUUUAAAAUACCUCAUAGUCCAAAGGUUAUUCAGCAUGAAAUAUGGAUUAGUCGUGUAGCAAGUGGUUGUAUAUUGAAUGCAUUCCAUUAACCCACGUUAAUCAAACUUGUUUGCAUAGGUAAUCAAACUUUUUUACAGAAAAAGACCCUAAUCCAUUUGUUAUUCUACACAUAAUAAACCGCUACACUAUUUACACAUAAUGAACAGUGAUUUGAAGUGGUCAUGGUGCUUGGAGUGUAGAUUUUAAGUACGGACCUCUGCAUAUAAUUGAGCUAUUUUAUAUUGCUCCACCUCCAGCAACGUCAUUGGUACAUCCAUUAUCCAGCCCGAAACAAGAAUUUCAGGCCGACUAAUGUCAAUUCUGUGCAGAAUCUGUGCCCAGAGAUCAUACAUUGGCUGAGUGUGCUCAGGUGACACUCUCAGUCAGUGAAUGACUGGCAGGAUUGGUGUCUGGCUUCUGUCGCUCUGCAGAAGUCACAUCCACAACACCCAGCACAGAGAAGGCAGACUUGGCGCUCAGCGGGGAAACUGGUUAAGAGGGCAACUCAUUGCAGUUUAAGUUCUUUUUAUUUAUUUAAAGUUAUUCUUUAACAACUUCAGUUACCAAACUCUGAUUAAGCAAAACAAGAACAUGUUUGCUAUAUAAUGUUGUUUUUAGGUUCUAUAAAUAUUAUUAUUAUUAUUAUUAUUAUUAUUAGCAUUUUAUAUAGCGCCAGUAUAUUCGGCAGAGCUUUAGGAGUGAUUAACCUAUUAAUCUGGAGAUGGUUCACCUUGCAAUAAAAUCUUCAUCGAUGUAUUUCUAAUGGUAUAUAACAAAAUCCGUUCUAACAGUUAAACUAAUCUGAAAAUGUGGUGUUCUAAAUAUGACAUCUUCAUCUGGUUGCAAAUAUUAAAGGACCACCUUAUGUGUAAGAAGUAUCCAUAACAAUGACCCAUUUAUAAAAGCGAGGAUUUCAUUUGAGAAAUCAGCACUUUUAUAAAUUAAAUAUCUCUGUCAAUAAGACAGCCAGUCUUACUUCCUCCUUCUUUUAGCUCCACUGACUAGCUCUAGCAGAGUGCAGCUGCCAUGUCCCACAUGUUUCCAUGAACCUUUGAACGCGUGUACACCGGUCGUCGUACCCCACACACACACCUUUUAAAAAUAAAUAAAUAAAUAAUAUAUCGCAUGCAUGUAUUCAUUGGGGGUAUAUCUACUAAAUAGUGACUUUAUUAAAAAAAAAAAUAUAUAUAUAUAUAUAUUUAGGGCGGAGUAGUCCUUUUUUAUUUUUUUAAUUUCUUUAUUUUUUUCAUCUUAACAAGAGUAGCAUGCAAGAUAGAAGCAUUUACGGCUUGUGCAAAAACCCAUUAUUUUACAACAUAUUUAAAAAUAGUUAUACAGUUGCCUAUACGAUGUAUAUCAAAACAAGCACAUUUAACAUUAGGCUUAUUCGGCUACUUGUCAAGGAUUAUUGUAACUUAAAAUCAUAAACAUAGCAUACGUACUGAGAGCUCAUCUCGUCCUUCGUAUUUACUCUCUUUUUAUGGUGCAGUAGGGGUGUGUUUCGUGGUGGGAUACCUUUGUCCCCGUGUGUUCCCUGUAUUCUGCACCCCCGUUUAAGAGGAUGAGUUCUAAUUUCCAUUAAUCGAUUCGCUAUUUUGUUGUCAGUUCACCAUACGAUAGUAGUUGGUGUAUUUCUUCAUUUAGCCUAAUCUAGCUUACAUUGUUGUAUAAUGAGAAAGAAAUCAGAAAGUAGAAAAGAGUGUAUAUAAGAAGUAGGUGGAAUAACGAGAGAGGGGGGAGGGAGAGGCAUAAGGUUAUACGUCAAGUUGAGACAAUAUGGCGUUGUACGGAGUCCUCUAGGGGAUGUCUAUUACCUCCCGUGGUCCCAUGUGGCCCUUACACUGUAUCAGGGUGCCUACAGAAUCCCUCCAUCUAAGAGAUCGCUAUUCUGCCAAGGGUCCCAAAGUUUGUCGAAACUGGACAUGGUCCCUCUUAGUCGAGCGGUCAGGCUAUCCAUUAAGUGUACCUCUUUUAUGUUGGAAAUCACCCUCUGAAUUGGUGGGAGUGUGGUUUGUAGCCAAGUUUCUGCUCCCUCCUCGUCCAAUCAUCUAAAGAUCUGUUAAGUAGGUAUGUCCAUGGAGUUAGGCUUGGCGCCCUGUGAAAUAUUCUUUUGAUCAGUUUAUAUAUUUUAGCCCAAAAGGAUUGUGCUUGGGGACAUUCCCACCACAUGUUACUGUGUUCCUUUAAGACUGCAACCUCUCCAGCAAGGAUCAGAUGGCGUUUGUUUCAUGUUAUAUAAUUUCACUGGUGUGGUGUACCACCUAAACAUUGUUUUAUAUGCCUGUUCUUGGAGAGUUACGCAAAUGGAAAGUGAGGUGUUUGCUUCCCAUAUUUCUCUCCACUCUACUCCCUCUAGUACUUCCCCCAAGAUCCCUUUCCCAGGCGUCUACGUAAGCUAAGGCGGAGUAGUCCUUUUUAAAGAACCAGCAAGAAUAAGUCCUCGCGUUUCCAAAUCAUAAUUUAAAUGAAGUCUUACCAAUUAGUGAUUUUAAAUCAAAUCCACCUGCUCACAGCACAGGAUGAGUGGAAGUGUUCUGCAAACUAACAGCUGCAGCAUGGCUACUGUUUAUUUACGCAAAAAACGGUUCACUGUUUAGUUCUGCUUAUAGCCAGGUCUGCAGUCAACCCUUGCUCUACUCCCUCUCCCAGGAGAAUUGCAGUUUGAACACAGAGACUUACUUCCACCAUUUGCAAUGACUAUAGCUUGUUAAAUUGCUUGUAGUGUGCAUUUAACAGGACAGUCCAGGCAGAAUAUGACUUCUUCUCUCUUGUACAUUUUUAGUAUCUCCCUUUUUAUCAUGCUUGUUUUGCAUGUCACACAUUACAUUAUUAGACUAUAUUUGCUCCUGCUAGAUCAUGUUCCUGUCAGCAACUGGAUCACUUUUCUGUACACAACAUGGAAAAUAUGUAAAAGUUUGCUAUAGCACGUGCUUCUGUAAGGAAAUAUUAUGGUCACUAAAUGCAAAUCUGUUUUUUCUAAAUAUUCUCUCUUUACCUUCCAGCUCGACGACGAUGAGCAAGGUUACGAUCUCGAUUUAUUUUGCAUUCCCAAACAUUAUGCAGCUGAUUUGGAGAGAGUCUACAUUCCGCACGGACUUAUCAUGGACAGGUUGGUUGUAACUUCAAAACAUCGCAGUUCUAUACGCUUUUGUAGAGUUCUAGUCCUGUCUGCUGACAUUAAGUGGAGCAAUCUGCAACACUGUUUUUAAAACUUGAAUUUGGUCUCGCUGAGGUUUUUUUCAACCUAGAUUACAGUGCAACUGUAAUUAUGUAACACAACUUCCAUAAUAAAAUCACAGAGGAUUAUGGGACCUGUUCAUAGAUACCAGCUGAACACCCACAGUUUGACAGCUCAGAUAUAGAGAAUGCUCCCAGUAAUACUUGUGUUCUCUCUUCUACUUGACCAGUGAUGGCUAAUCAUCGCAAUGCUGUUUUUCUCAGGCAGCCUCAAGGGACAUGUUGCUCACAAACAUCAGCAUGUGACUGAAUACAUGCAGCUGCUUUUAGUAGCACACCCAAGUAGAUACAGUAUAAAGGAAUGACCUGCUGUGCUAGGAGAUAACAUUUAGGAUUUUUCGAACUAAAAUCAGCACUGAAAAUGUGUAAGGCAUAAAGGCUCACUGUCUUUGAUAGUGCCUCAUGGCAUAGCAUGCAAGCACUUUAGAUCAUAUGUCCCCUGUCUGCUAUAUUCUACACAGGAAGCUGUGUAUUUUUGUGCAUGAAUUGCUUGGUUUUCAGGUAAUGUAAUGUUAUCCAUAGAUCAAGGAGACGAUCAUAAUGAGAUAUGAGACCCCAGCUAGUCCCCUCCUGUAUCGUUAUCGGCAGAGGGCUGAACUAAAAUUGGUGGCAGCUAGAAAUAGUAGCUGCUUCCUGGGAAGCAUAACUCGUACUGAGACUGGAACAAGUCACGUGACUUGUCACCAUCUCCAGCGUUCUCUGCACUGCAUGGUGUCUGUCAGACUAUGCUUAAUGGAGAAUAAUGCAUGGGUAAGGUGACAAUCCUUCCAGAGUUUGAAAACAUAUUCUGUUCGUUUUAGUUAUAAAGUAAUUUUAAUCAAAUUUAAGGAUCCAGUCAUGUAAAAUCACUCCAGAGUGCCCCAGUGACUUUCGUUCUACUUGAGUCUGACAAAUGAAAUUUCACAGCUUUAUUAGUUCUCACCCAGUGUGUACGUGCUGAGCGAACAUUCUAUCAUGUGACUUGUCACCAGGUUCCAGUGUUUGCAAUGAACAGAAUCUUGUUUUGCUGUCAAUAUUACAGAAAAUAAUGAAGUAAAUAGUAUAAAAUCCUUUCAUGUGAAUAUUGUUGAUUCAUAUUAAUUUAAAAAAAAAAUUUUUUUUUUUUUUCCAUUUGCUCUUUCCCAUUUCCCUUUUUGUUUACUCACGCAACUGAAAAGUUUGGAUUUUGGAGAAAAUAAAUAAGUAAAAAAGAGAAUGGUACAGGUACUAUAAAAUGAAACAUAGAUCUUAUGUGACAUAUAUAGAGUAUCUGUAUAUAUAAUCUCAUAAAGCCUUAUAAUAAAGAUGAUUCACUUUCCCCCUGCUCCAGCACUGGGUCUCCCCUUGCAAAAAAAGUACUUUCUGAAGUUGGGGAAGUUGUGAUCUAACCUUUUCUUUCAAUUUUGCUUUAAACAGGACAGAAAGGCUGGCUCGGGAUAUCAUGAGAGAUAUGGGAGGCCAUCAUAUUGUUGCUCUGUGUGUGCUGAAGGGGGGUUAUAAAUUCUUUGCAGAUCUGCUGGAUUACAUCAAGGCACUGAACCGCAACAGCGACAAAUCUAUCCCUAUGACUGUAGACUUUAUCAGACUAAAAAGUUACUGUGUAAGUACUUUCUGCAUUUUUUGCAAAAUUCACGGAUGGUAUACAAAUAUUAUGAAAAUCUAAUUUCUUCCCUGAGUCUGUUUAUCAGUUCCCCCUGAGACUGCAACAUUGCAGCCAUUAGAUCACCAAUAUUUGGCAGUCCAUUAGUAGUAAGCUGUUAAUAAGGCACUGGAUGGCUACUUCCAUGUUAACGUGUAUAUUUAAUUUCACUUAGGUGAUGUAGACCUCUAGUGGUUAUAAAGGGGGAUUGCUUAUGUGAGCUUUGCGGCUGUGUUUGCAUCAAAUGAUGUGUGUGAACUUAACCCCUUAAGGACACAUGACAUGUGUGACAUGUCAUGAUUCCCUUUUAUUCCAGAUGUUUGGUCCUUAAGGGAUUAAUGGACCCAAGUAUUGUUUUUGAGCCUUUUUUUUUUUUUUUUGGGGUUGUGACAGAUAGUAUUACGCAAUUGUUGUGACAUUAUGAGGGCUUGCGCAGAAGCCAGCAUUUGCAUAGUCAAUACAAUAUUUCGUGUUUACAUUGUACGGCUUAUGCAGAAUCCAAUGUUAGCGCACAAACCGAAACAGUAAUACCAUGCUAUCUGCAAGAUCAUGUACUGUCACUUUUCCGUUUUAUACCAUCAUAAAAACAAUAAAACCAAGAAAAUAAAGAGAUCGAGAAGAAAGAAAGCGGUUGAGCCUGUUUUAAAUGUUUAUAUAUUCACACAAACUGAAAAUAAUGUGCCUUUCCUUCUAAUGAAAUCUUGUUGCCAAGUUUCCCUUGGGGAUGAGAAGAGAUUGGUUUAUCUAUUUAGAAGGCACAGAACACAAAGGCUAACUCACUAAAGUAAGAAUUGUUAGGAAUAUAAAGUGAAUUUCAAAUUCAAGGAAAAAACUGGCUAUGGUUCCAGUUCAGGUACUUUAACAUAAAAUUUUAAAUUCAUCUUGAAGUCCUGACGAUUCUCAUUUUAGCGAAUAACUUGGGCAGUGUCACACUAAAGUCCUUGCUAGUUAUGUGAUAUAAUGUUGGAAAAGUCCUUUAAAAUAUAUGAAACUUUAAGGACAGAGUUUACAACGAUUCUUGGUUAGAUAUACAGUUCAGCCACCACACAUUGUCAGGUAUAAUAUUUAGACACUUAAAAAAAUAUGGUAUAGAAUAUAUACAAAUUAGUGGAGCGCUAUAUAAAUAUAAAAUAAUGGAGGGGCCCACUUACCACAUCAAUUGAGUGUAAUAACACACUUGGGAAUAUACAUUUGAAAGUGCAUAUAUUAAGAAGAAAAUAAAUAAUUUUAAAAAUAAAUGAAUAUGAUAUAUAUCUCUAGCUAUCAGAUGGUCUUUGGCAGUAAUGUAUGGUAAGGUGAAUAACUAAAACCACUCACAUGGUCUGUAGCCUAUGUGGUAUUGGCUCCGUAAAAUAACAGUUUUUGCUCCUUGAGCAGCAACACACCACUUCCUCAAAUAUACAGAAAAGGGAAGAAAAAGACCAGAUGUGUAGUACUGUGUAUUAUUAUUACACACACCUUUUUAAGAGCCUUCAGUUCCUGGCUCUAAGGAUGAUCAGCAGUGUGCCAAUUUCUUGGGAUGGCACUCCCCAAUAAGGUUCCUAGAGGCUCCAAGGACUUGGUUUGGAAUAACUGGUAAACCCUGAUAGUAUGGCUCUGUGCAGGCCUUAGUGCUGUGUUUCCAGUAGAUCCCCAAGGGAAGAACUUGUUUGUAAAAUGAUUCUUGGUUAGAUAUACAGUUCAACCACCACACAUUGUCAAAUGUAUAAUAUUUAGAGCCUGAAAGUGAUGUGGUAUUUUUUUUUUUUAUAGAAUGAUCAGUCAACCGGAGACAUAAAAGUUAUAGGAGGGGAUGAUCUUUCUACUUUGACAGGAAAGGUAUGUAAUAUGUAAACUCACCAUUAACUACCCCAGUUCCGAAAAAAAAAUAAAAAAUAGUACAAUAUUGGAAAAGGAGAGGUCAGCCUGCACAUGGCGAGAUCUGCAAAUUUGGUCUUGUCUGCCUAAAGAUAUUUUGUCCUAAAGAUAGUUUGUUGAAACCACUCUUACUGCAAUCCUAUAUAUUCUCCUCUGUUCCCCAGCCAGAAUACUGGGUUCUCAAUUCUUAUUAGAUUGCGUUAAGUGUACCCAGAUCUCCAGUAUAUUUUCUCUUAAAAUUAUAUCAUUCGUUUACAUUGGCACAUACAGUGGAACCUCGCAACUCGAACUAAAAUUCCACAUAAAAAAAUGUAUCGGUACCCGACCACAUCACGUGGCAUUCACAGAGGGACACAAGUUAAUUACAAAGGUAGAUGAGGAAAUAUGGGCAGAUGGACUAUGUAAAGGGAGAGAGGGGAAUAUAGGGAGAGGAAAACCGGAUUACAGACGGACACACGUAAGGGAUGAAGAUAUAUAGGCAGAGGGACAAAAGUAAAGGGUGAAGGGAUAUGGACAGAAAUUUUAUGCAAGGAGAAAGAUGAAAAUAUAAGAACAGUUACCUAUCCCCAUCCAUGUAAUUUUGUUCCCGAACAAAUCGGAACUCUAACAGCCUUCUGGAACGGAUUAAGUGUGAGUUCUGAGGUUCCACUGUACUCACAAUUACUGUUAAAAACUGCAUUACAAUUAACAUAUUUAAAAUGUAAGAAAAAGAAAUCAUAUUUCCAGUAUAUGUAUAAUUAUAUAUUUUUAUUUAUUUUCUUUUAGAAUGUAAACAUAGUGUGUGUCAUGUGUUGAUAAGGAUAUUAUCUUGUUACAAGCAUUGCACAGAAACCUUACUAGCGUAAAAUUGUGAUUUGUUCUGGUCAGGGUGCAGUAUAGUGUGUGGGACUUAGCCGAGUUAAAGGAUCACUGUUGUGUCAGGAAAACAAAUCUGUUUUCCUGACACUAUAGUACCCUGAGCUUCCCCCGUCUGACAUCAGCGGAGCGGAAUGCGCAUUUUUUCAAUGCUUUCCAAUGGACGCUCUGCAUGAUGGAGGUAUUAAAUGCCUCCAGCGUCGCAGAUGCGCCUCUAGUGGCUGUCAAAUGUAAACAUAGCAGUUUCUCUAAAACUGCUGUGUUUACAGCAGGCAAAGUUAACCCCAGAGGGACCUGGCACUCAGACCACUUCAUUGAGAUGAAGUGGUCUGGGUGACUAUGGUGUCCCGUUAAUGUCAAAACAACUUGUUACAAUGCAAAAGACCUUGAUUCAGAUCUCCUCUCCCCCUACUCGCCAAGAGCAGUGAGCAGCAGAUCGUGGAGGUGAUUAGUUCAUAUUAAUAAAAAUAAUUGUGUGUGUGUGUUGUGGUUCUGUUUUGUUUUAGUGUUUUUUUUUUUUUGCUGUUACAAAUAUAAUUUUAUUUUUAUUUAUUUGCAGAAUGUAUUGAUUGUUGAGGUAAGUGCUUUCAAUAAGUUUUGAAUCAAUCAUGAAGAGGUGAUUAUAGAAGCUUCAUAAUAUAAUCGGAUAUUCCUAGUCCCUUGGAAUUGAUGGGAUAAAUUUACUGAGUGUAAUGCAUUAUUUUACUAUUACAUUGCACACAAAAAAAGCAUUUCAAUUUAUUUCCCUCUUUUCUUCGACUCUGCACUGUAGUAUAAUUCUGGCUGUGUUCAUGGUUUUCCUGCUGUUGUUUUUAGGAUUUAGCAGACACAGUCAAUUUAGAAGAAGCACUAACUUGAUCUGGUGCUGCAGAAACAGACCCUCUCCCCAGAGACCCAGAAUUAAUUCAAUAUAAAGUUGCUCCAAACUCAGGGUUCAGUUAUGUAUUUUAUUAAAGCGAACCACAGCAGGUGGAUCCUGCAAAGUUUUUGUACUGUAGUUUAUUUAUUUAAUUUUUUUGUGAAGCCUUUACAAAGCUACUCCCAAAGGUACCACUGUAUUGAAACGUGGCUGGGUCCAACUUUUGUUGUUUGGUUUAAUAAAAUACAACAUUGAACCAUGGUUGUGGAGCAACAUUAUUUUGAGUCUGUCUGUGGGCUCAUUGGCAGGUACCAAAUGCAUAUCCAUUUUUAUAAUGUAUAUGAAGGAGGUACAUCCACCCUCAAAUGUUCUUUUUAACAGGAUCCCUUUAUUUUAGCCCCCAAAUGUAAGUUGGGCAAUUGUAUUCAUUUUUAAAAAGAUCAAUAAGUAAGUUUUGUUUCUUGUAGGAUAUUAUCGAUACAGGGAAAACAAUGAAGACUUUGCUUGCUAUGUUGCAGAGGUAUAAUCCGAAAAUGGUUAAAGUAGCCAGGUAAGCUUGAUGUGUUUUUUUUUUGUUUUUUUCAAUUCUUUUUUAAUUUCUCUAUUUAAGAGAGUGGACACAUGUAAUAAUGACUGUGCAUCUUUGAUUUUAUAAAGGUCCAUAAAAAUGGCGGAUCUUCACAUUUUUAGCAACCCUUUAAAGGGACAUUAAACUGCCUAAAUACAAAAGAAAUAAAAAUCAUGGUUUAGUAGAUAUACCCCAAAUGAAAGCUUGCAUGCAUUUAAAUAGGUUUUUUUUUUUUACAUUGGGAGUAUAUGUAUAUAUAAUAUUAAAAAAUAAAUAAAUAAAUAAAAAAUGGUUGCAAAACCUGUAGUUUUCUUGUCUGCUGCGUUUGCAAGCUCGCCCCUUCUAACCCUGCUCAGACUUUCUGUUGCUGUACAAUCAGAAACUUCCCAAUGAGAAGUCUUUGCAAGGCAGGUGCUCUGGGCAAUUACUGCCUUUUGAGUUUAGCUCCACCUAGCUAACCAAACCAGGAAGUAACAGGACCUGAUGUCUGCUUGAAAGCCAAGGGGGUCUAACCAGGCUGAUUUACAAAAGUGUCAAUUUGUAUUAAAAUCAGUACUUUUUGCAAAAUUAUAAAAAUAGGACACACUCUUCACACAUACAGAUUUUCAGCAAACUAAAGUGCUUUAGGGAUCUGGAGUGUCCCUUUGAGUAUGGCUUUUACUUCUUCUAGGGAUUAGUUAUUUUUAAGCUUAAUCUCGGAAACUUUAAAGAAGACAGGAAACCCAGUUGAUGAAUCUCAGGCCGUGUCAUUUUAUUCAGCGGACUGCUCGCCAACUGAGAUUUCUCCACUAGCUGUGAGCCUUGGGAAUAAACCGUUUUAACUGAGUGUGACUGAUCUAAACAGUGGGUUUGAGGUAGUUGCUCCUUGGAAUCUUGUAGUCGAUGCAUUCACUUUAAUUUGUGAGAGGUUUCAUUUGAGAUAUUGUAUAUUUCUUGGUCUUGAUUUUAAUAUUUUUCUCUUGCUCUCUCUACAGCUUGCUUGUUAAAAGAACUCCUCGAAGUGUGGGCUACAGACCUGAUUGUAAGUAAUUUUGAAAGUGUGGGUUUUUUUGUUUUUUUAAAUAUAGGCAUAUUUCUGGGGGAGUCAAACAUAUUUGCUGGUAUUUACACCUGAUGGCCACAAAAGAGCUUCCCUAUUCACUUUCCUUUUUGUUAUUUUUAAUUUUUUUAUCACUUUUUUUUUGCUCCAGACUCUCCUAUUUCCUUCCGAUUAACUCUAACAUCUUGUGGACUUAAGGGAAAGCAUUUAGUGCCGAGACCCCUAUGCACCGAGAAUUUAGGCAAAUGUGGCCUUCUUUUCUUCCCCUAUAAGAUAAAUAAGCACCUGGUCAAACCAAGCCCAAUCCUUCAGCUUUCAAAUGUUAAAUGGCAAAAAUUGUUGAAACCUCUUACAUUAAAAAUUUAAUAAAGAUAAAGUCCCUACCUCGUGAUGACUAAACCGAAAUCAAUGCAAAGUGAAAAGUGGUAAUCUAGAGGAAAACUUUAUGCUACAUUUUUUUCAUCUCUAUCUCCGUGAAGUUAAAACCAUAUCUCAAGCAGACAUUGCUUCAAGUAUACAGCAUAAAAGACUAACCGUGAUCAACACGUUUCGUACAUAGUUUCACUUUAUCCAGUCUAAAUAAAGGGAAACACCACAGACUCCCUCAUCCAUGGUCCAGCUUGAAUAGAGCACUUGGUUGGUAUCUCGUGUUUGGUGAUGUUCCUUGUUCUCAGCACCUUGUGUAGAAAUAUAACCUCACUAUUUCCUAUGUAACCAAAUAAGCCUAAGUAGAUGCAAGUGAACAAACACUGCAAUCCACAUCUGCAAAAUUGACAAAUAUCUGAAGCUUCCUGACGCCGAGCACAGAUCCCAUUCAGCCCACAGCUGCAAGUGCAGGUGAAUGGCAGACUUCUGUCACUCAGCCUCUGAGCCAGUAAGUGGUCAGUAGGAAGUGCCUGCCUCAAUCAAGCUAAGCAUUAUAUUAAUAAAUCUAUUUAUACAAAACUUAUUUCUGUAGGUUACAGCUCCAUAGUAGUCAUCGGGGGAAAAAAAAUUUUAACUUUAAAAUGUCUUUUAAAGGGAUACUAUAGGCAUAAAAUGAUCUGUUCUUGGUCCCCUUUUGUUCUCUUUUUACACUGCCUCUCUUGGCAAACUCCUUAACUCCUUUGGAUUCCACUACCAUCUGUAUGCCGACGGAACCCAGGUAUAUCUCUCCUUCCUUGAUCUCCCCCCCACAGUCCUACAACAUGUCACUGCUUGCUUUUCUUCAAUCUCUGAUUGGAUGUCCUCUCGCUUUCUGAAACUCAAUCUCUCUCAAACUGAGCUUCUUAUUUUUCCUCCUCAUAAUGCUGAUCCUCCUCCUUUGCUCUCCCUGCAAGUUGAUGGUACAUGCAUCAGUCCAUCCUUGCACUCUCGUUGUCUUGGUAUUCUUUGAUCCUGGCCUCACCUUUGAGCCUCCUAUCCAGUAUGUUGCUGCAUGAAAUUAUAUUUUUUUUCCAUUAGAUGUUUACUUACAUUAGACUGUUAGGAUACAGGAGACUCCUGAGGUGUCUAGAAGGCUAUUAACAGAACAUAAGAAAUUCUAAAUCAAACAGAAUGUGCAAUAAAGAAGUUUUAAACAUUAGAUGUCUCUCUAAAGGAAGUGUUUAAGAAGACUGUGUAAGUCAGGGAGGUGUGGCUAGGGCUGUAUAAACAAAGGGAUUUAACUGCUAAAUAGUAAUUAAUUGAGCAGUAUGACUGUCAGGGAAUGAUUUAAACAUUAAGCAAAAGUUUUGGUGCUUAUAGCGUCCCUUUAAGCAUAUCGCCUUUGUUUUUAACAUUAUAUAUUUUAAUGAAAUUCCAUACUUUCUCCAUUAUAUAAAUUUGCAGAAUUGGUAACAUUUAAAAUAAACAUAUCUACAACUAUGAAUGUAGACAUCACCAAACAAGAAAAGUACCAAGGUGAACAAACACUAAAACAUUCUCGAAGUCUUGCCCCUAACUAGGCACAUUUACAUUGUAUUGAAUUAUAAAAAGAAUUCUGAUUUAAUUUGUUUUAAUAAACCUGAGUGUUCUGUACUUUUUUGUAAAAGCUUAAUGAAAGAUAUAUUUGUGCUCUUUAUGAAGGGCAGUAUAACUCACACCACAUCCAAUUUACUUUAACUUUAAUACUUGACCCUUUUAUUUGUGUAAUAAUUCUGCCGGGCUCAAAAUGUCCACUAGGCAUUGGUGAGUGAAAAUUUUGUCUCUUUUACUGUAAUCACUUUUUAAUAUUAUUUAUUUAUUUUAGUUGUAGGAUUUGAAGUGCCAGACAAGUUUGUUGUGGGAUAUGCCCUCGACUACAAUGAAUACUUUAGAGACUUGAAUGUAAGUAGUAAAUUUUUUUAUAUCGUAGUAAAUUAUGUACAACCAGUGACACGAGUCACAAGAUAAUCCGUUUUAUUAGGCAAUUCCCCCAUACACACAGAAAACAAGUGUAUAAAUGAUGAUUCCAUUGAAGAAACCUGUCACUCAGCUGUGUUAACCUGCUGCCUUCUGUUUAUUAUGGGCUUCAACUUCUCCAUUUUUUUUAUUAAGAUGAUAUAAGCAAAGAUUACUGGAUGGUAACCGAGCCAGGUGAAAAAUCUUACAAGGACUUGCAGGAAUUCUCUCUGAGCUGAACUGCAACUCUCACGAUGCUUAGCCUUGUGUGUAUUAGCGCAUGGAAGUAUGUUUCUGUGAGUGUGAUGUUAAUAUACCUGGAUUGGGAAUUAAUAAAAUGCUGUGUGGGGUUUAGUGCUGCCGAUGUGUGAGUGUCUCUGCGUGUGGUCGCAUCAAACAAUAUGGAUCUGCUGCGUCAAAGAAAGUGGCUUGGCCAUUGGCUAAAUUGAUUUUAAGACUCCUGCCUUAAAGUUUAAUUGAAGUUGAGUGUUUAAUUUCAUCCUGGUAUUCUAGAAUUUGAUUAGCUGUGAAUUUCAUGGCAUUUUCAUUUUGAGACUUAUAAGGCCGCUAAUAUGAGUUCAAAGGAGAGAAACCUAGUAUACAAACACUGUAGCACACUAUAGAUUUGUACUUCCACUUAAUAAAGACCUAAAUAUGAUUGAUUUAUUUUUGAUCUUGUAGUAAUGGUUUUCUAAUUUCUUUCACCCAGCACAUUUGUGUUAUCAGUGAGGAUGGAAAAGAGAAAUACAAGGCAUAGAAGACACCUGCGCAAAAUUAACCUGCCAACUUUUACCAAGGCUUCUACGAAUCAGCUGCUACCCAGCCCACUCAUUUGCCUCACAAGUCAAAUUCCAUCUUGCAUGAAAGAAAUUAUAGCCUUGUGUAGCGGCUUGGUUUCAGUCCUUCAUUGCUAGAUCUGGCUUAAAACCUUCACUGCCACGGGAUGACUAACACAUUGCAAAGCACGGUCUUGCUCACCUCUCUGGUGGUGAUCAGGUUUUAUAGGAAAAACAUUUUUUUUUUUGGGUGGUACAAAUAUAAAAACUUUACUUUUUAGCGAUUUUCUGAUUACAGAAGAGUUCUUUAGAUUCCUACAAAUGUUUCUUAAAGUUUUGAGUAGUUGGUGAGACUAAAGUAAACAUAUUACCAACCACCCUCUACACAAGGGGGCUUCUUCCAUUAAUGGAAAUGAGGGGAGAUUCAAUCCUCUCCAUGCAUGCAGAGAAACCCUCCUUAAGUACUCAUUCAGACGUGACUAGUAAAAUCUAAAUAGUUAAUUCUAUAAUUAAAAAAAAAAAAUAUAUAUAUAUAUUUUGUAAAUCGAAUUAGCCAUACUUUGACUUUUCCCUUUUCUUUUUUUUUUUGAACUAUCAGGACAUUGAGGGCUAUAGAUUAGAUAUAAUUUUGGCAAAGUCAUUUUUGACUAGCCCCUUUGAUGCAGAAGAGGCCUCUUUAAAGGGCAAAUAUACCUCUAAAAUAACGUAGGCAUAGUUCUAGUUAUUUAAUAUGUACUGUAUCCUGCUAAGCACCUUUUCAUGUUGCAAUGUUCAUGCUUACCAUAUAGUAUACAUUGAUGCCCUUGAUUGCUAUCGCAAAUCAUAAGUACAUUUUUUGUGCCUGAUCACUCAACUAUUCACCACUUUUGUGGAUCAAUAUUUUAUCACAUUUGCAGGCAACUUAACAAAAGCCAUCUUAUAGAAAAAAAAGGUCUGCUGGUUUAUAUCCUUACUUUAACUGUGUUAAUAUAACUUAAACUAUUGCAGAUGUGUACACUGAAAAUAUUUGGUGUCAGGAAGAAAUUGGUAUUUUUUUAUGUAAUUUAUUUUAUUUAUUUUUCUUUUAUUAGAGGAUUAAGCACCACAUUUUGGUAUAUUUUCCCAGUAAUAAUAAUCAAGUUUCUCAUGGUUGUUGUGAACUGUUCAGAUAUUAUUCUUCUAAAUUUGAUCUGCCAUAUUUUCCUGAAUCCUUUUUUUCAUGCUUAUGGGCAACAUGUAAAUUAAUGCUACCCAGUGGUAUGUUGUAAUCUAAUGCUGUUGGAGUAAAAUCACUGAAUGAAUAAAGUCACUUACUUUUGAGAUUCCUCUCUGCCCAUGCAUACUGGAGGCCAACACUUAUCAUGUACCAUUUGAUGCCUCUAAAAAAAAAUAUGGUGGGUCUGGCAACCUCAAUUGUAAGCAAAAAAAACAACUUUGUGGUUUUUUGGUUGUUUUUUAAAUUACCUUUUUAUAUUUGAAAAAAAUUCAAAACUACAAAGUAAUUUCAUUGUGUAUUUGAAAUCCUCUGAUAUGCACUCUACAUUUUUUUUUGUGAUAACCAGGGGAGGAUGAAAGUAUGCCAGUAGUGACAAACAAAAAUGUGGCACUGUAUAGAAAAUACAGUUCCAUGUAAUCAUUGCACUAGCGACGUUGCUAGCAAAUAUAACUAUUUAAAUUUUCUUCUAGUUUAACCAAAUGUAUUUGCCACAAAGGUAAAAGAUUUCACAGAGAGCAGCUAUGGGAUGUUUUUCAUAUUCAGCUCUGGUCUAUUUAUGACAGCCAGCUUGGAGGAGGGAGCUAUUUUCAAUUAUGUACAAUAUUACAAUCCAUCUAUUUUCAAACACUCUUGCCAGCAUGAUAUAUAGAUGGAAUAAAUGUACCGGUAACUGAAUCUGCCCUUAUCUUCCAUAUAUUUUUUUUUUUUAAAUGACUGGUUCAUUAAAGUGAUGAUGCAAAAAGGGUAGCUGUGCGUGUUGAGGCUUUGUAUGGUGACCAUAUAAACCAAAAUCACAUGGAGAGACAAAAUUCAACACUCACAAUAGCGAAGUGCAAACCAUAUAAGCACUCUCUCAAGUACUAAAAAUACAACAUUCUAUAUAAAAUACAGAAUGCACACUAGAACACUCAAAGCUAUCAAUUUAAAUAUUUAAUGAAUAUACAAAUAACAAAGUGUAUAAAGACAGGAACAAAGUAACAGCACAAGGCAAACCGUAAUCAAAAGUAUUUUACCCAAAUCUUAAAAGCCUCAAGGCAGAAACACAAGCCACCAACUACCCCAAUGUUUCGGCACUAACUGGUUGCCUUUAUCAAGGGUACCCACCAGCCAAAACAAUUUUUAGCAGAAAUCUGAUGACAUGUUAAUUAUAGGCAGCAGUGACAUAAACUGACACUGUGUCAAAUGCUCCCUAAAACAAGCAGAAAAUAGUGUAAAUGUUAUAUACUUCACUGUAAAAAAGGAUAAAAUAAUUAAAUCAUAAAGAUAUUUUUCAGUAAACGCUAUUUAGCAGGGGGUGGGGAGAAAAUAUCUGACCCAAACAUAUCUGUUUUUGUUUACAUGAGUAUAUUUUCCAUCAACGGUUUAUGAUUUGCAUAAUAUAUUCCAAGUUCACAAAGCAUAAAUUAAACACGUUUAGAAUCUAAAAACUUAUUUACCGUAUAAUAGAACUGAAACACUUCUAUUCUUACCAUAUGUUGGGAGGAUAAAGAACAUUUUGUUUCCUACAAGGUAUACCUUCCUGUAAAUUGCAGAACUUCAUACUUGGCAGAACUGGAUAGAAGCAUCAAUAUAUUCUUUUUCAUAAACUGUGCACAGAUAAGGAAUAUAUAAUGGAAAAAACUCUACUAGACGACCUAUGUGUGUGAUAUAUUUUUAUAUGUGUAUAUAUAAUUAACAAAGAAUCAUUUUAGUGCUUUAAAAUCUACUUGGGUUAACUGGGAAAUACAAUGUGAAGACUGUUGGAUUCCUACAUCUUUUGUUGACAUGUCAGUAAAUGUAUGAUUAAAUUGAAUGUUUAAACUGUGGUGCAGUCAGGGGGUCCAACCAUCUGGCUGAAGAUUGAACAAAAAAAUAAAUAUAAAAGACUGCCACAGAUUCAAAUCGAACUAGAAAGAAGUUUACAAUUUUGAAUGCUUCCGAUUCCCUCCUUGUUUUGUAUAAAUGCUUCUGAAAGAAAUUCAAGUAUUUUGUUCAACACAGGCCCUUAAAAUAACUCGUAUCAAAAGAACGUUUUGUUUUUUUCUCUGAAAUUGAAUGGAAAGUCAUUUUCUAGACUUUAUUUUGGAAUUCAGAAACAAUGUUUGUAAUAAGUUGGUUGAAUAAAAAUAAAGUCCAAUUAUGUAAUGUUGCCAUUGUCUGUAAAUCCUAAUAAAAGUCAUGCUGAAUUGACAUCUCCCUAAAUAUAAUUUUGCAUGGUCAGGUCUUCUAACAGUCCAAUCAAAGAGUGGGUGAAGGUGGAGAUUUGCAAAGACCAGGGCUAUUUAUAAAAGAAAAGUUCAAUAAACUUUUUUAUGCCUGCUUGUAUUCCAGGAUUGUUGUGAGUUAAAAUAGAAUUUAUCAGAUCAUUUUUAUCUAAAUAUUCACAUUUAGAUUUGUGCUUAGACAUGUUCU